CCUCGCCGAUCACCGCAUUACAUUCCCACGCCAUCACCCUCAAACCCUCUCAGCAGAACACGUACGCCUCCCCCUCACCAGCUUGAAGAGCUCCUCUCCCGCCGGUGAAGACUCAAGUGGUCCUGCUGGUGUCCGCUUGCUGGUGCUGCCGCGGCGGACGCGAUGGAAGCUGUGCACGGCGUCGAGUCCCUCGCCGGCGGAGAUGGCCGGCAUCACGUUUCCCGUACCCUUGGGACUGCCUUGCUGAUCUCGGUGGGGUACAUCGAUCUCGGCAAGUGGGUGACGGCGGUCGAUGCCGGCGCUCGCUUCGGGUACGACCUCGUGCUGCUGGUGCUUUUCUUCAACUUCUCGGCGGUUCUCAAUCAGUAUCUGUCCACUUGUAUCGGCAUGGUCACCGGCAAGAAUCUUGCAGAGAUUUCCAGCCAGGAGUAUAGCCAGUUCAUAUGUGUUGGCCUUGGUCUCCAGGCAGGGAUGUCUUUGUUUACUUCAGAACUAACCAUGAUUUUGGGCAUAGCAGUUGGAUACAACCUUGUGUUUGAUGUGGAUGAUUUUAUCACGGCUAUUAUUUUUGCAUGUGUUGUAAUUAAUGUAUUGCCAUAUCUUUUAUCCCCCAGGGACAAGAGGAUGGCUGGAACGUUAAAUGCAUGCAUAGCUGGCUUUACGCUUCUUUGUUUUGUGCUUGGUUUAUUAAUCAGUCAACCAGAGAUUCCUCUCCAUGUGAAUGUGAUGUUCCCUAAGUUGAGUGGAGAAAGUGCUUACUCACUGAUGGCACUUAUGGGUGCAAACAUAAUGUCACACAAUUUUUAUGUUCAUUCGUCCAUUGUUCAGGUUCAGAGGGCUCAUGUUCAUACCCUGGGUGCCCUGUUUCAUGACCACCUUUUUUCAAUAUUAUUUACUUUUACUGGGGUUUUUCUUGUGAACUAUGUUCUGUUGAGCUCAGCAGCAGCGGAAUCUAGUCACAAUGUGAUCCACACCUUUCACGACGCUGUCGAGCUAAUGAACGAGAUAUUUACGAGUUCCAUGGCACCACUUGUGUUGUUGGCGGUUCUUCUCUUUUCGAGCCACAUCAUCGCACUAACAUCUGUUAUCGCUAGCCAUGUAGUUACAGAGCAUUUCUUUGGCGCCAACCUGUCUCUGGUUGUGCAUCAUGUGCUACUUAAGCUUAUUUCCAUGAUCCCUGCUAUCUAUUUUGCAAAGGUAGCAGGCUCUGAAGGGGUAUAUCAGUUAAUCAUUCUAUGUCCAGUAAUCCAGGCGUUUACCCUGCCUUCAUCUGUUAUUCCUGUUUUCCGCAUCGCCUCAUCAAGUUGGAUAAUGGGAAACUACAGGGUGUCUCUACGUGUUGAAAUAUUAGCCUUCCUUGCAUUUUGUCUUACGUUGUUUAUAAAUAUCAUCUUCGCGGCGGAGAUCCUGUUCGGCGAUAGCGCCUGGACAAACAGCCUGAAAGGGAACACUGAAACCCCUGUGCUAAUUCCACAUACUGUACUAAUCCUAAUGUCUUGUGCAUCUAUUGCUUUUGCACUCUUCCUGGCUGUUACCCCACUGAAAUCAUCAAGUAGGGAAGCCGAAACUCAGGAGUUGUGUGUGCACUCUCAAAGAGAAGCACCUGAAGAAAUUCAAAGGUCCUGAGGCCCCUUGACGUCUGCCAUCCUCGAGGAAUCAAAAUCACUUGUUACGGUUGACUUUAGAGUCAACAGUCAACACCAAAUGAAGAGCGCAACUCAGAAAGGUGUUGAAGUAGAAGCAGAUGUUUGCACCGACAAGGAUAAUGGGACUUGACAUAAAUGUCGAAUACCACAAGUCCAUCGGAGGUAAGCAAGCAGAAAUUCACCGUCCAAUGAAGCAAAUUGGGGCAGAGCUCCUGGAAAUCUGAAAUAUUACAAGAGAUGGACAGGCGACCCGGUUCCAGAAGUCUAUGCAGCCAAGUAUGAACACUAAUUUCCUCCUAUUAUCAACCAUUUGCACAAACCUAGCAAAGUGCAGAGUUCAAUAGGGUGAGGUGGAUACUGAGCAGUGAAAAGGGAUCCUGGCAUAGGUUCCUCAUCCACGUAGAGAAGGUCCUUUAAUCUGAGGAUAAAAUGUGAGAAUGUGCCAACUUAACUACUGUGAAGAUCGGAAGCUACUGUUGAGCAUAUAUCUGUUUUCUGUCAUUCUCAAUGUAUAUUCCCCUGUUAAUGUGAGGUUCUCAAUGGAAUAAUAAACAAUAAUAGUUCUCCGUUGACAUUUUUCACAAAAAAAUUCUA